AGCAGUAGAGAAAAGGAAAACAAUCAAACUGUGCCAUCUAUAAAUAUAAUAGUUCCUUGUAGUUGUAGAUUUGUUUUCUGAAGAACCUGCUCCACAAUGGCGGAUGCUGAUUUGGAAGCUAUUCGGGCGAAGCGCAUGGCAGAGCUGCAAGCCCAGCAGGGCCAACAAGGAGGUCCUCAGCAGCAAGAAGCGCAGGAGGAAGCUGUACAAAGGCAGAAGGAGGCCAAGAACUCUAUGCUCUCACAAAUUCUUGAAAAGCAAGCCCGGACUCGAUUGCACAGUAUCGCCCUCGUGAAACCGGAGAGAGCCAGUCAGAUCGAGAAUAUGUUAAUACAGAUGGCUCGCCAAGGCCAGAUCGUACAGAAGAUCAAUGAAGAGCGUCUUGUUCAGAUGCUUGAGCAGAUCUCACAAUCAACUCAGAAAAAGACCACUGUCAAGUUCGCUCGCCGACGCGUGGAUUCCGACUCUGAUGACGAAUAGACGCACGACAGUCUGCAUUCCUACAUUGUCACCUGAGUGUCACAUGGUGGAAUAACGUUAUGUGUCAAACAGCAGUGCUGUUAUGUGAAUGUGCUCCUAGCUGGGAUGCCGGCCCAAUUCAGAGCACAGCUAGGGUUUCCUCGACAGUCACUGCGCGGGAAGUUAGUCGCAUGCUGUACCCUACAUGUAGACAACUUAUUCCGGUUGCAGUCUUCCAGUUCAGGUCCUCUUCACCGGGCAUGUAUUCUGCCCCAGCUCAGGCCAGAUGCUAUAGCACCAUCCACCCUCACAACAGCGCAUGCUCAAGUCAUUGAAAACACUCAAUAGUCCAUGCAGCAUGCAAUGCUAACUGGGUGCUUGUACACACUUCUUUGCUUUGUACAUACUUUAGAGUUGUAGUUUUUUUUAAAGAUUUUCAUGUUUUUAUAGAUCUAACAAAUCGUAUUACUGCUUCCACCACAGUAUGCUAAUUUGAUAGUGGUCACCGAUCAUACUCUGCUUCA